UGAUUAACCUGAGUGUUGUAUAGACGAAUUCAUCUUAUGAGAACAGGUCAGGCCGUCCUCUUUUGUUGGCUUUCGACCGGCGAGUAAACCAUAAGAAAUCGACUAAAACCAUAUUGCACAUUGUUAGUUCUCUCCAGGCGGUUUCAGCAGAGACUUCAUUUGAAAGCCUAUCUUAAGUAAGUUGAAGCCAAUGAAAUGAUUCUACUCACAUUCAUUAGGACGACCAAAUCAUUUAUCACCUAUACAGAUAAAAUAGUCAUUUCACAUAGCCAUGGUAUGAAAGCCAAUUUUAUUCUCCUCACUCCUUUUGUAAAAUAUAUUCUUCGAGAACUUAUUUGUGCUCUUCAUUUGCACCAUUCGGAACAGAAUAACAAAGAUUCGCUUAAAUAACAAUAAUAAUCACACAAGUUUAUCCGUCAUUAUUCAUACACUUUAGUUUAGUAGAUACACACAUUGGACUUCCUAGUAAUAGAUAGUAUCUCCGAAAUGUUCAUAAAUACUCUUCAUAAAUGGAUGUAGAGCACUGAACAGUGGUCAUCAGAGGCAUACACUUUACUGACAUUUGUAACAACGGUUCAAUUUGCGAGUGCUCAUUUUUAAAUUAUGAUUAACAUUGAGCCUUGACUGAUCACUGACCACAGAAUGUUUUUGAAUGGUUUUAUAAAGAAGUGUUGUCGGUGAAUGUCCAGCAAUUCGAGCUUGAGAAUAAAUUCCCCUGUAUAACGCUGACUGGUAGUUCAGGUAGAUCACAAACCAACAUAAGCCGAGAGUCAUGGAACAGCUGAAUGUAUCUUAGUGACCGAUGGGCAACGCAUUCAUGCCAUAAGAUGAAGUUCUAGGUUCGCGCUUAUGAUGGGGUGACGUGUGGGGCCUGUUGAGAAUGGCAGUAGAUUUCAUGUGUUGUGCAACUUCCAUCAGUUCUCUAGCUCUUAAACGAUGCGUAUGUCUCUACGUAAACCAUAAAACAAUCUCUCUGGUCCAAAUGAAUUUUAAUUAAGUUAAACUUUGGAAAUGCGACCAAUAAGACUAAGCUGUCGAUUCUCUAACGAAGAGUCACACGUUUUCUUCACUUGUCGUAACACCUAUUAAACUCUCGUCGACUCACUAGUAACAUCAGUCUUCACACAGUGGGUGUGACUCAUCUAUUCCAGGUAAUUAAGUUCAAACUAGAAACUCAGACAAUAAGAAUAUACGAUCAAGUAAUAAAGACGGGUUUCAUCCUCAACCUCAUAUCCAAAUGUAGCAUGAACUACCAUCUAAAAUUAACACAUCAAG